AUUACAAUUCGAAGGAGGACUGAGAACCAGUAUCCCGAGAAAAAGAAAGCAAAAUGGCGGCAAAGUUGGAUUCUGAGAAUAUUCUGCUGAUCACCGACUCUUACAAAGUAUCACAUCACAAGCAGUAUCCCUCAGGUACUACCAUAGUGUUCUCUUACUUUGAAAGCAGAGGAGGAAAGUUUCCAGAAGUGUGCUUCUUCGGUUUACAAUACUUGAUAAAGAAAUGGCUUGUGGGGCAAGUUGUCACAGCUGAAAAAAUAAAACAGGCAAAGGAGUUCUACCAACUGGAGGCUUGUGAGAAGUACUGGGGAGAAGACUUGAAAGAUCUUGUUGUUGAUCGUGGAAAGAAAAACAACGGUGUACUUGUUAUUCGUCCAGACUCGGGCAAUCCUCCUGAGGUGGUGGUGAAAGUUCUAGAUAUCUUGCAUCGGAAGUUUGGUGGCGAGAAAAACUCGAAAGGAUUCCACCUUCUGCCGCCUUACCUCAGAAUAAUCCAAGGUGACGGCAUCAGCUAUGAAACCCUGUCUGAAAUUUUGGAGAACAUGAAGAAACACAAAUGGAGUGCUGAUAAUAUCGCAUUUGGGAGUGGAGGUGCGCUUUUACAGAAACUUGAUCGUGAUACUCAGAAAUGUGCCUACAAGUGCUGCUUUGCUGUCGUAAACGACAAGCCAGUCAAUGUUUACAAGCAACCUAUCACUGAUUCAUCAAAGAAUUCCAAGAAAGGCUUGUUGUCCCUGGAGCUUGAUGAUAAGGGAGAGUAUGUAACCGUUGAAGAGGGAAGAGGCCAUGCAGAAAAGGAUCUUCUCGAGACUGUGUUUGAAGAUGGAACGCUUGUCAAGGAGUACACGUUUGCUCAAGUCAGAGAAAAUGCCGAGAUUCCAUUGGUGAAAGAAGCAAAGAAGAUGGCCCAGUGAUCAAGCGAUAGGGUUAAUUUGCGUGCGUGCGUGCGUGCGUGCGUGCGUGCGUGCGUGCGUGCACGUUUAUGCUUAGCCUCGAGUCUCAGUCAUUCAGACUGGGUCUGGGCGCGCUUGUACCAAGAGUUUAAAAACACACACAAACUUGAACACUCACUUUCUGUCACUAGUCACACGAUUAUGUAAACCACUAAUCUUAGAGGACCUGAACACAAAUAUGUUUUACCACAGAACCUCUCCUAGCGGUCUCUCCCCCUUCCCGUUAGCUCACUCUUGAUUAUGGUCCUAACCGCUUGCAAAGACUCAUUUUUAACCUCCAUCAGACUCUGGUCCUAAGUGGUCACUUUUUGUUGACCCAAGGGUGUCGUGUACGGAAGGUUCGACUGUCCAUGCGAUAGGUCACUGACAGUAGCCGAGGUACAAAUACGCAGGACAGUGGAAUCUUCGCUAAGUCACACCUCCCGUGAGCGGACAAUUUAUGGUCCCAGCCACAUUCAAAGGAACAUUUUUAACCUUCCAUAGGCGGACAGUGCUUCUUAGUGGGCAUUGGUUCUUGCCCCAAGCGUGUACGCUAAAGGAAGAUAGGUAAAGGUACGACUUUACAUAUGGUGAUAGGUUAGCCACAAAGGGAAGGCAGUGUUUUUGUGGAUUGUAUUGAGAAGAUAUCACGUAGAAGUAGUUUUUAGACAAAAAUCUGCGAACCGAAAGUGCGGUAAAACGACAAAUGGACGUCAAUCUGCCGUAAGUUUACGUCGGCAGUUAAAACAACAUGUUUGAACACGUUCAAGUUAAGUUUCACCCAAGGAAUGACAUACGAGAAAUACCAGUGGUUCAAGCUCCGCGUUGUCGUUGAGCUUUCAAAAACAAUAAGUUUACGUCUUUUCGGCUGAAAUUUAUUUCAACCGCUACAGGAAAAUUUAGUGGUGAAUAAUAAACUGAACAGUAGAUUGGUUAUGUCUGCGGAGCCAAUGGAAUGAUAGCUGCCCUUAAGAAUUCUAUGUUCUCGGAAACUAGCUUAUAAGCCCUCCGACAAAUAGUUGUACGUUGCACAGGCAACUAUCCCUCGAUAGGCCCUCCAAGGAAACACUCUGGUUCUUGUAGAAUGUAUUUAGAGAAUCAUACACAUUUACAAAUUGUUAAAUUUAGUGAGUACUUUACAGCGAAUGGUCAUUAAAGCGUUCGCAAGCUGACUGUUUGCUAGAGAUAAGAGUGAAGAAAAAGCUAGUUUGGCGAAGUGUAGUGUACUGUGUACUGUGAAUUCAUUCCAAUUAUGCCAGGUGUAAUAUUUGAAUAGUAUUUGUUACAAUACGAAAAUUCUAUAACUCCAUAAAGUUUCAGGAGAAACCGUGCAAAAAUAGCUGCUAGUUUGUGAAGGUAAUUAGUUUGUACAGUGGAAUUCCGAUUUUUCGAACCUCUAAGGGAAACGAAAAUUGGUUCGAAAAAUCGGAUAUUUCGAGAAAUCGGGUGUAAAAUUACAGAGUUUGACUGAGGAGAGGGAAACGACUUUUGGUUCGAGUUAUCGGGAGGUUCGAAAAAAAGGUUCAAGAAAUCGGGAUUCCACUGUCUAAAAUUGUUUAUCCUCUGGAGUAAAAUAUUCGCACUCAGAAGAAUUUAAUCGUUCAAACGUGGCUUUUUUUUUACACUGUAGGGUAAGUAAACUAAAUUCGCCCAAAUAUCGUUAAAACAACAUAGAAUGGCAAUAGAUAACACCAAGCAAUGUUCUGUGAAAUAACUAAUAAAUUUUAGGUGCGAAAAAUGAA